GUUUCGUCUGAGAAUUGUGGAACUGUAAUAUUGUUGUUUGUUCUGCCAACCAACCGUCUGAAACAUCCACUGGUCGUCACAGGUUUUUGAUAGCAAAAUGGAUUUGUCGUCAGCAUAUAACGUGAAUUUGGGACCAUGAAAGCAGCCACUUAAAGCGUUUAUUGUAUAGUCUGAAAAAAAUCGGUCCUAAAAUUGACCUCUGUGGCACACCAACAGUAACAAUGACAGAGAAACAAAUGUGGGCUGCAGUAAAAUUGGCUAGAAAUACCUGCCAAAAUAAACACAAGACUCCACCUGCUGAAAUUGAUAAAAUGCACCAAGGAGAUUGGAACGUCGAUCACAGCGCAAUGUGCUACAUGCACUGUGCCCUGAACAUGUAUAAGUUGAUGUACCCAAAUAACACCUUCAACUUAGAAGCCAGUUUAAAGCAGACGCCACAGCUACCAGACUCUUUUAGAAAGUCUGCAGAAACCUGCAUUUUCAAUUGCAAAGAUGAAGCUAAAACACUCGACGACAAGUGUGUAGCAGCAUACGAGUUAACAAAGUGCAUGUACUUUUGCAAUCCGGAGAAAUACUUCUUACCCUGAACUAUCAUCAAUCACGAAGUCGCCACAGCUGUAUAGUCAACAAAACCUAAUUCAUCUGUAAUCCACCAAACUGGGGCAAUACGGCCAGGAGGCUACAUCGUUUUUACCAAAGCUAUUUAAACUAGUUGUAACAAGAAAUAAAAUCACUCAAACUUCCGAAAACCCUCUUCUGAACUACGCUGCACAAAUUUAGGAGCCCAAUUAAAAAUUUCUUGGAUAAAUAUGCUAACAUAAUAAACUAUUUAGUUCUGGAAAGUUACAAGGUAAAAGUUGCUGGCUUCCGGAUUGAAAGUUUCGACGCUGUUAGAACGAAAAUAUAAAAUGUAAUUGGGGUGAAUAUUCCAACUCCAGAGUGGAGUAGUUGAUCUGAUUGGAUCGUUGCUUUAUGGUAAAUGGUUUCUUGCUAUGCUUAUUUUGAUGAAGAAAGUGGAUGCAAUAAUCACCGCUUGGUUACCGACAUUAAGCGGACAAUUUAGAAACAAUGUUUUUGUUAUUAGUUACUUUUGAGCCAUGUAACUUCCAAAUCAACUAUAAUCCGCGGUAGAUGGAAUCGAUUCAUGGGCAUGAUUUGUGUUGCGCAGUAUGAAGACACGAG